CAAUGUUGGGGUGGUCAAACGACAGAAGUGAAUUACGCGAGGACACAUUCGUCCCAUUCUUACAUCAACUUUUGUCCCUUCAUUAUUCAGUUAUUUUAUUUUUUUGUAUUUUUGCUUAUUUUCAUCUUCUUUCUUUGCUUUCAGCAUGUCUUUUUCUGUUCCAUCUAUGUCUGUGUGCUGAUGUGUGUAUAUGUGCAUGAACCCAGUGUGCUUUCUAUUUUAUUUCGUCGUAGGGUCGAUGGAUCGAUGGACGAGUGCGCCGCCGCCUCCGAGACGGCUGCCGGUCACCGGUUCAGUCAGUUUCUAGUUUCAGUCGAGUGUAGUUCGUAUACAAAUUUUUUUGAGUUUACACCGAUGGAUGCACACUGAGUAGUUGUUCUGAACCGGACGUGGCCGCAUAAGAGAUUUAAGGGCCGUAUCAACUUCGCAAGUUAAAAUCGCAGGAUAAGAGAGAUUCGAGUGUCGUCCUCCUCAAGGGCUCUGUCCACUCUCGUCCUGUCCUCGAUUCUGGUCUCCAGCAAUUCCCUCCGUUCCCCGUCACCGCCCGACUUAUUAUUAAAUCCCGAUGUGAGUCUAAGCACAAUUCUUGGGGCCAAAACGAACACAGCACAAACUCGCUCUUUUUAUCCCUCUCUCCUUCCAACCACAAUCAGAACCUUGUCCUCCGUUGAGCCGACCGAGGGGGGAGAUGCUGCGACGCUCCUCUUCCUGUCUGUCGUCGCUGAAGAAUGAACAAAACUGACUCUCGUCUAGAAUCCACUCCGGUUACGCAAUAAUACAAAAGGAUCAACGAAAAUGCACGGAUCGGCGGGACUGCACUCGGCGAUGGCCAUCAAGAGGCAACGCAGGCUGAGGGAGCAAGCCAAGAAGAAGGCGCUGGAGCAGCGAGAGCGUAGACUUUCGUCGAGGACCAGCAGUUUGGACAGCGUUGAGCAGCAGCAUCCGAAGAAGGUUCUCCACGCGGCGCCGCCCGAUCACAAGCUGGCCACCUCCAUCGGAAUGCUGCACAUCGGCGUGUGCUUUUUGGUGUUCGGGAUGUUCCUCAUUGGAUCCGGUCUGCUGCCUGAUGACAUGGUGACCUGGCGCGGCGGAGGAUGGUGGAACGAGCUCGUUGCUACCGGUCUCUUCGUCAUCGCGCUGGGCGUCUUCCUGAUCUCUCUGAAUCGCGUGAUGAGCAAGCGCGAGGAGGACAAUCUGAACGACUACGUUCAGCGGCAGCUCACACGCUCCAGAAGCGGUCAUCGGUUGGAGCGAGAUCUCGAAACUGGUUGUCUGGCCACCAAAAACACUCGCAGGAUAUUAGAGAAGAAGCGCGAAGACAAGGAACGCGGCUUCGAAGAGAUCCUGCCCAUCGUGCAUUCCCCAAAGAUCGUCCAGAACGGUGAUCUACCUCUGGAGAAGAUUCUCGAGGAGGACGUCGAGAUCAGGCACGACGGUGUCCGUGAGACGAUGUCCACGACCACCACGGCGAGCCUCAGCCCUGGGACACCUUCUGAAACCAGAGAGCUUAUCUCCAACGGGAAACAUUCCUGUCUCGCCAAACCCUACUAAUAAAUUCCUUUCCUUUCUUUUUCUAAAGCAGUAAGAGUAAGUUUUUUGCAUAUCGCGUUUUUCUACUAACCUCUGGGACCCAGAGACGAUUACCGGGUAAGAAUCUUUUGUAUUCUUCGGAAAUUCGUAGGCUAGUAUGUCGAAGCAUCUAGGCUUCCUCUUAAAAGCACGGAUUUAAAUGAUAUUAUAUUUAAAACAAAAUUAAUGAAAUUACGAAAACGUCUUUCUAAUAUUUAAUCUUUAAAAUUCUAAAACAACGUUGUUAUUUCGUUCUGGGCCAAGCGCACGCACGCCUACAACAAACUUUCAAAAUUCUACUCAUUCGUUUAUUACUUAGCUAUCUAAGAACUUUUAUUCCAUAAAGCAAACAUGUCAAAAUUUGAUCCAUCAUACACGAAAGUUUCCACAACAUUUGUAUGAUCCCAAAAUAAUGUGACCUAAAUACUUGAACAUUUUACAAAUACAUGUAAUACACUAUAAUUAAAAAUAAAGUAAUCAAUAUACUGUGGAACCCCGAUCUUCAAUCACAAUUCAUUCCAGUAGACGGUUCGUUAUCAAUUUUGAGUUUCCCAAUAAAUAAAUUAUAAAAUAUAUACAAAAUAUGACUCCGUUCUUUCAUAUAGAAUUCAUUACUU